AUGUUCACACUCUGGAAUGCUGCGUUGCGCGCGUACAGUAUAGCUACGGCCAAUGCUUCUUGACGUCAGGAGACAAGUCAGAUCUGAACUGGUGCAGCGCAGAACCACACCGCACACGGAGAGCAAGAAGGAGCAGCUACGGCAUUAAGUUAGCCUGUCUCUGAUCAGAUUGACCUUACAUGAUGCCCCUUGGAGAGGAUGGAAAUGGAUGGAAAAAGAAGACAUCAGACAUCAAAGAGAACUAUGACUUCAAAGAAGUGCUGGGAACGGGGGCAUUCUCUGAGGUGGUCCUAGCAGAGGAAAAGAGGACCCAGAGGCUGGUGGCCAUCAAGUGUAUCCCCAAGAAAGCCCUGGAGGGCAAGGAGAACAACAUUGAGAAUGAGAUUGCUGUCCUGCACAGAAUCAAACAUACCAACAUCGUCUCACUGGAGGACAUAUUUGAGAGCACCUCCCAUCUGUAUCUGGUCAUGCAGCUUGUAUCUGGUGGGGAGCUGUUUGACCGGAUCGUAGAGAAGGGCUUCUACACAGAGAGGGACGCCAGCAAACUUAUCCACCAGAUACUGGAUGCAGUUAAAUACCUCCAUGACAUGGGUAUUGUCCACAGAGACUUGAAGCCUGAAAACCUGCUGUACUACAGCAUGGACGAGGACUCCAAGAUCAUGAUCAGUGACUUUGGUCUGUCUAAGAUCGAGGGUUCUGGCAGUGUCAUGUCCACAGCCUGUGGGACCCCUGGCUAUGUGGCUCCUGAGGUGUUGGCUCAGAAACCUUACAGCAAAGCAGUAGACUGUUGGUCCAUAGGGGUUAUCUCCUACAUAUUAUUAUGUGGAUACCCUCCGUUUUACGACGAGAAUGAUGCCAAGCUUUUUGAGCAGAUUUUGAAAGCAGAGUAUGAGUUUGACUCUCCAUACUGGGAUGACAUCUCUGAUUCAGCCAAAGACUUUAUCUGUCAUCUGAUGGAGAAGGACCACUCAAAGAGAUACACCUGUGAACAGGCCCUCCUGCACCCCUGGAUCUGUGGAGACACCGCUUUGGAUAAGAAUAUCCACGAGUCUGUCAGUGCACAAAUCAAGAAGAACUUUGCUAAAAGUAAAUGGAAGCAAGCGUUUAAUGCCACAGCGGUGGUGAGACACAUGCGGAGGCUGCAGCUGGGGACCAGCCUGGAGGGCCCCAGUCAGAUCACUCCCACCAGCCCCUGCCACAGCCAUCUGCUCCCAGAGGAGGAAGAGGAGGAGGAGGAGGAGGAGGAGGGAAAUGAGGAGGAGGAGAGCUUAUCUCACUGUGAGGAUGGUCGUCGUGGGAGUGCGGAGGGCAGUGCUGACCGGGACAGUCUGAGGAGCUGCACCUAUUGCUGCAGACCUGCCAGCCGCGUCUGAUCACAACCUUCCCUCCGUCACCAUGGUGAUACGUUUCCAUGGAGUCACCAGAGCCCAUCCGCCCAGUCUGACCAAGAAUGCAGAGUAGUAUCAGGCAGGGUCCACUAGGGGGAGAUCAUGAGCAGGUCACGGUUUGGGUGCAGGGAAACUUUGAGUGCCUUGUCCAGAGCCAUCUCUUAGGCUUGGCUCAGGGGUUGCAGAGUCAAGACCAAGUGUGGAAGUGGGGAGCUGAGGGAUUUACACACAAUUAAGUUCAGCCCUAAAAUACUCUCCAUCAAACUACAGAUAUUUAUCUUAGUCUUCUGCUCCCGACUACACUUAUUAUGCAGCGCCCAGUUCCUUAACCAAUGUGGUAUUUCUCUCCCUGAACAAGAGGUACAGUUACAGUAGAUUGUGACUAACUGAAAAACUAUUGGGUUGUGAUAGAGAUUGGAGGUGGCUUUGGACACAACCUCAAUAAGGUGACUCACUCACAUGGUUAAAGUGGAGCACACCCAGGGUUGGUAUUGUUCUCAUUAUAACACAUUGUGUCUACAUCUGCCUCCACCUGUGUUGUCACAUUCUCAAGUCCUCCCACUUUCCCACCAUAUUAAAACCCAACAAGAAGGACCGACACGGUUGUACAGUAAGAGAGAUAAAGGUAUACUUCCUUUUCAGAAGUGUUUUCUGUCCCCAAAAGAUGCAUGCUGUGUUUUCAUUGCCACUUCUUCAUUCUGAAGGAAACAUAUCUUCAGGUGUCAUCAGGGGAAACAGCGGGUAAACUGCUGUGGUCAUUUUGUCAGACUUUUCCCCACAAAUCCCCCAUUCUCACCUCAUGUGGCUGUAAGUCUUUAUCCAUGUUAAUCCAUUCUUCUCACACAUCAUCAGCAGCCUCAUCCCUCUGUUGUCUUGUGUAUGGUAGGAUACUUAAAAGUAUAGGAUUGAGAGGAUAGUCUGGACUCUAUAUUCUGGCUCAGACUGGGUCUUUGAACAACGGUUGUGGCCUGGGGAAACUGCAUGCAUCAGUUGGAAUGAAAUGUGAAAUGUAUGGAUAUCAAAGGGAUACAUCUCUAUCUUAUGGCUGUUCUGAUUUCAGAGGUUUAAACUGAGAUCCCUGUGGCAACACCAAACCAGACGAAACUCCCAUUCUCCCUGCUAGUUGGGACUCUCCCUGGGAAUUGGGGCAUGUUGACAAGGUGAUAUCUAGGGCUUCACGGGGAGGACAAUUCAAGCCUGUAACGUUUCUAUCUGCAGUGCUCUGACUGAAGCCUCUUUGUGUAAAGCACUGUAUGCCCAAGAUUGAGCACCUCUCCUGUCAAUCAUUAGUCUAACCCCACCCCUUCUGGCGUAGAGUGGAAGGGAUCUCAGUCUGGGCACUCUGUCUGCUCUGUUCUGUACACCUCUUGUGGAAGAAGUUUUGGUCUACUGUUUGCAUGACCUGGUUAAAUAUGUUUACAUGAAUGAAGAUCAACAUAUACGUAUAAACACACAUGAUUAUUAUAACUCUGUUGUAUUGAAAAUGCUGUUCUGUAAUUCUGAAAUAUUAUAAUGUGAAGUGAGAAACACCAGAAGUAAUGUUGUAAGUACAGCACAGUCUGAACUGUACUAUAACCUCUGCGUUGACUACAAGGGUCACAGCUCCACCCUAGUGACCCUCUGACACUAAUCUUCUGUUUGAUGUUUGUUUAGAGGAAACCUAAGAUGUUUUUUUGUAGGGGUGAGUUUCUUUGUAGUUGUUUCUUUGGUAGUCUGUCUCAACCCACUUGUCCCUAACCCACUCUGGUACUGUAUAAGCUGUUGUAACAGUUCAUAACACACAUAAGCACACGCAAGCACAGCACAUAGCGUUGGAUGACUGAAGCCCAAGCUGCACUGCUGCUAGUUAUAGUUUUUCCAGUCUGUUAGCAUCUAGGGGCUAAAUAACAACACUUCGCCUGGCUGUGCUGUGUUUCUGAUACCACACAAAUCCAAAGAAUGAGAAAAUUGGACUUGGUAAACAAUGUAGUGAUUUUUGGGAGGUAAAUUGAUGACCUAUUAAGGCACAGUGGCACAAAUUACAGUUGAUACAUCAAUAUGUCAAGCUCGUGCUAAAAGUUGUUGAUGCAAUACUGUUUCUUGAGUGCCAUUGGGAUGACCUAUAGAUUUUUCUUCUGCUGAAUUUGAAGUAACUGUGAGUUAUGAAUUAACCACUGUAGGCUAGUUACCUUGAUGUUGCCAUAUGGACUCAAAAUGUGUAUGGUCAAAAUCCAUUGUGGAUGCAAAGAUGGCAAUCAAAUUGACUUUGUGGAUGACUGCAGUGGGGUAAAUAUGCAAAUUGUGUGUGAAGGGCUUCAUGUUAAAUGUAAGACACAGUAUUCACGGUUGAUGACUUUAAUGAUCUGGCUGUUUUUAUGUCUUUAGAGAUUAGCUUCUUUUCAACUUUUCCUUGAUUUUAGUUUGCCCUUGGUUGUUAUAAGUAAGAAGCAAAUGUUACUCAUUACAAGACAUCUACAUGCAUAAAGAAAUGUGUAUAUUAUAUAUAUAGGUAUAUAUAUUGUAUAUCCUUUUUUGUAAAAGCUGUUUUGAGCUCAAAUGUAUGGAUGCAAUGCAUCAUGGGUUAUUGAUCAACAUGUUCAUGAUUUGUACCCAGAGAGAUCUGAUUGCGGGAAAUAAAAUACAAAUUCCUUGUC